AUGCCAAUAGUACGCUCGAAUCUUUGCAUUCCAUUGUCAGAUUUGAAAAGUGUCAAUGAUGGAACUUCGAUGGAAGUGGAGACAAUUUCUAGGCCAUCGACCGUAUUCCGAGAAUCUUGCGUGAAAUGUGGAGUGUUUGGCGUGCAGGACGGAAGUGGAUAUGCCGAAUUUGGGAAUACUCGUGUUUUAGCACAAAUUCACGGUCCGGAAAGUGAUGAGAAAUGGGAAGAAGCAUAUGCGCGGGUGACUGUAAGCUUGAAUGGGGUGGAUGAACAGAAAAAUGCUGAAAUUCGUCCCCAAUUUUUCUCGGCCUUGUCUGCGGUUAUUUUUGUCGAUAAAUAUCCGGGGAAAGCUAUUGAUAUUGAAAUAACAGUGCUAUCUGAUGAUGGAGGCGCAUUGGCUGUUGGUCUUAUUGCUGGAUCGUUGGCAUUAGCACAUUCAGGAAUCGAGAAUAUGGGAUUAAUGUCAAGUGUUCAUGUCGCGAUGUGUGCUGAUGGAAGUUUUAUGACAGAUCCGAGUCACAAAGAAAUGGAAAAGCAUCAUUCUAAAGGAGGAAUCACUUUUGCUUUCGUGCCAAAUUUGAAUCAGGUGACGUGCAUUGAUGUGUACGGACGUAUUCCGCAUCAAUCAAUUGAAUCAUUAACUUCAUUCGCAAAAGAACGCGCAAUCAGUUUGAUUCCUACAUUACACAAGGCGAUAUUAAAUAGUGUUCGUGAAAGGAAUGCGUCGAAUUGUUGA